UAAGAUCAUACAAAGUGUGACGUUAUGGCGGAGGACAAGAGGGAACCUGACUGGUACCUGGCCCUGAUGGCACCAAACACGAGAGGACCAGAAUUCUGCUGGCUAGAUCCCACUGCCAUGUACAGGCAUGCUGAGGCUUUUCACCAGUGUAUAGCAGACAUGACAAAGGACUUCAAUCCUGAUGAAAUAGACCUGGUGGCUGGGAUAGAUGCUGCAGGUUAUGUUCUUGGUGCUGCCAUAGCCUUUCACCUGAAAAAGGGAUUUCUCGCCAUACGUAAGUACGGACACCUUCCUUCAGAAGUGGACGAUGUCAGCUUCAAGGACUACUCCAAGAGGGAAAAACGUAUGGAAAUUAGGAAGAAUGCCUUCAGGCCAGGUACAAGGGUGCUGAUUGUGGACCAGUGGAUUGAGACUGGAGGGAGCAUGACUGCUGCAGUGGAGCUGGUGGAGAGACAACAGGGCAUUGUGGCAGGAAUUUCCUGUGUCUGUAUUGAAGAACAGGAGAGAGCGAAGAAACUUAUGGAGAAGUACAAGUGUGUGUCCUGUGUGAGGUCUAAAGAACUACAAGCUCAAGUUAAUGCUCACGACCUGGAAAGCUUCAAGACAUACAAACCUUUGUGAUAUGGAAAAAAAAGAUACUUGAUAUCCAUGAUCAUGAUAUCCAUGGGUUGGACGUAUCAUGGUUCUUGAGUGCUACUGCAUGAUUUUAUUGCAAGUUUGAUUGAAAGAAAGCUAUAAAACAUGGAUAGAGAAUGGGUAGUGAAGUGCU